UUCAAGCGAAAAAAGAUAAAAGCGAAUAUAAAUUCCAACUCCACGCAUUUAGAUGUCGUUUCGUUGUACUUUUCAGAAGAGUUAAUUUCGCAUGUAAUGGAAAAAACAAAUAUUUAUGCAAAAUAUGUUGUUAAAAAGAAGCAAUCUAAAUACAAUUUCACCAUCUGCAAAAAUUUAGGAAUACAUUUCAUUUCAUGUCAAGGGAUAGAAAUACUUAAUAACAUUCACUUCAAUGAUAUUAAUACACGAGACUCUAAUGACCCGUUAAUAAAAUUACAGCCUGUAAUCGAUGUACUUAAAGCAAAUUUUGUUAGAUCUAUUGAUGAAAGUCUGUUGUUAUACAAAAGUAACGAGGUGAUAUAAAAUUAAGGCAUCUUAUCGAUGGGAGAAAAUUUUUUAAACUGCUGACUGCUGACAAUUGCAAGACCGGAGAUAUACUAGAUUUUAUCAUCUAUACUGGAAAAGAUACAAAUAUUGAAACACAUACUUCGUCGCUUCUGGUACGAGGCUGUAAGAAAGAACAGAAUUGGGAUACCGCAAAUGAAAAAAAAUCAAGUAUGGAAAAUUUGAAUAUGAAUCUGCUAAUAAUUAAUAUUGGUAAUGCGAUGGUUCGA